AUGGCAAAGAAGGAUAAGGUUGAAGAGAGCGGCGAGGAUAAUUACGACAAGCGUAUGGCCGCUGUCUUGCCAUUUGCAAAGCCACUUGCAUCGAAGAAGGUCAACAAGAAGGUGCUCAAAACUGUCAAAAAAGCUUCCAAGGCUAAGCAUGUCAAGAGAGGAGUGAAAGAAGUCGUCAAAGCCUUGAGAAAGGGCGAGAAAGGACUCGUCAUUAUUGCUGGAGACAUUUCUCCAGCGGAUGUUAUCUCCCAUAUUCCUGUUCUCUGCGAGGAUUCAUCUGUGCCAUACAUCUUCAUUCCUUCAAAGGAGGAUUUGGGUUCUGCUGGUGCAACCAAGAGACCUACAUCUUGUGUUUUUGUUAUUCCAGGUGGCGGAAAGUCCAAGAAAAAUUCUGACAAGACUGAUGACUAUAAGGAUGCAUACGAUGAGCUUGUGAAGGAGAUUGCAGCUUCGGACUAG